AUGAGUGUUUCUCAAAUCCCUAAUCCGGCUCAUAUGCUCGCCGAAUCUAUGCUAUCACGACGCUUUGGCAAAGAGACGGCGAACUACUUCUCCAGUUCUCCUAUCAACCGACUGUCUUUCCUUCGCUCUGAAUAUCCAUUUAUCUCUGCGGCCCUGAAGCACCCAACUGCGCAAUUCGUGCUUCUGAACAACCUCGCUCCAUUGACCCGCUCCCCAGCCGAGCUGUACUAUGCCAAGUAUGACGAAGUACGCAAGCUUGUGUCGCAGGAAUUAUUUGACCAGUCUGAGGACGACCUGAUUAAGAGCUUUGAUUCGCGAAAGACGAACCCAAUCUUGAUCUUUCUCGGUCUGGACGAGAGCCGCAAGGAGGGCUUAACAUGGAAAAAUUACACGGGUUCUCCAUAUUUUGCUCUCGAUAUCACACCUAGGGGGUCUGAUGCUCAACAGACAGCCGCCAAGGAUAUAAUUUCUACCAUGGAGGAGAAGGGGCUCUCUUUCUUCCAAGCAAGGGUGGUCAUGUCAUUUAGCCCGGAUGAAGCCGCUAUCUACGCACAGGCCCGUGCUCUGACUGACUGGAACAACCGCAAUACCUUCUGUGGAACCUGUGGCAAUCCUACGCUGUCUGUAAACGCUGGAACCAAGCGUACCUGCCCGCCGACAGACGCAGCCCGAGUUGCCCAAGGCCAGUCCGAAGAGCGUCCUGCAUGCACUACCCGCACUACGCUUUCGAACCUGAAUUUCCCUCGUACCGAUCCCACUAUUAUUGUGGCUGUCGUGUCUGCAGAUGGUAAGCGGGUUUUACUCGGCCGCAAUAAACGGUACCCACCGAACUGGUACUCGACCCUGGCUGGCUUCAUUGAACCGGCAGAGUCAAUUGAAGAUGCUGUGCGGAGAGAGGUAUGGGAAGAAGCUGGUGUGACCCUGUCACGGGUCGUCAUCCAUUCGUCGCAACCCUGGCCAUACCCGGCCAACUUGAUGAUUGGUGCAAUUGCGCAGGUGAGUGACCCGGCGCAUGAGAAGAUUAACCUUGAGCAUGAUCCCGAAUUGGAGGACGCGCGUUGGUUCCCAGUUGAGGAAGUGCAAGAGGCUCUGCGUGUUGGUGUGAGCGAUUUGGGUGGCGUUGCUGGCCCCGAAUAUAAGGAGGGAGGAUUACGGCUGCCUCCGAGGACUGCUAUCGCGAACCAGUUGAUAGCCGCCGCGAUUAGUGCAGAUUACUUCCAUGGAGAUAAGAUAUCCAAGAUGUGA